AGCAGCCAGCGCACGCGUGAUCGCACUCUCGAAACACGCAGCUGGGACGUUGCUAGCCGGUGCUCUACUCACAUUGGUUGAGCCACUGCGUUGGGAGAGUGUCCAAGGAAACAUUGAAGGCUGCACGCAGAAUAAACGUGCGUCUACAGCAGCCGUACCAUAGCUAGUAAUAGGAUCCGUGCUUUGCGGUACUGUGCGUGUGUAUCGCAGAAGGGAUAUUAUGACCACCCCAGACGCCAACGAUGCUGCUCCCUCGCCGGACUACAGCGGCGAUAGCGACAUGGCCGAACGGAAGGUUGAGCAGUCUCAGGACGAUGCUUCACCCUCACAGCGGAAUGGAAACGGCCAGAAACCCGCUUCAAGCGCCAAAGACCCGCUAAGACCGCGGAGAAAAAAGGCGAGGAGAGCGUGCUUUGCUUGUCAGCGGGCGCACCUUACAUGUGGCGACGAACGGCCCUGCCACAGAUGUAUCAAGCGCGGUCUUCAAGAUCAUUGCAUGGAUGGCGUCCGCAAGAAGGCCAAAUAUCUUCAUGACGCUCCUGACGGCGCACUUAUGCCUGGAGUGGGUGGUAAUUACUCUCAUCUGAAUGGAGGCCACGCCACGAGUCUUCCUACUCAGGAUUCUGGUGCUGUUUCUAUGUCCCAACAAGGUGGCUUUUAUACCCAGGCUCCCUCGACAACCUACUACGCGCAGAAUUCAACCCAAGCCCAAAUUCCCCCUACAGUCCAAGAAGCCCCUGUCAUGAAUGCGUUCAACAACCAACAAGCACCUAUUUCGCCUCCUUACAGUCAAACGAACCCGGCCUCGAUCUCGAAUGUUCCAAGCACGGUGUCGCAAGCAGGUCCGUCACAAAUGCAUCAAUUUGGCGGGCCUCUCUUUGACCCUAGCGACCCCGCCUUGUUCAACUUCGAUAUCUCGAGCUUGAACUUUGGCAAUCAUUACGGUGCGCUAGAGAUGGGAAUACUUGGUCACAUGUCUUCUGGUGCCGCUGACACACCACCGAGCGACAGUAGCUUGCUGAAUCCUCUGAACCAAGCUGCUAACGUGUUCAACCCUCAGAUGCCUUCUGGGCAUUACAGCGACCCGUCCGCCAUACCUCCGAACAUGUCCUUUGGACCGGACGGCUUACCUAGCGCCGAAUGGCAAAAUGCAGGUGCCCACUCGCGACAUGGGAGCCUUCAGAUCCAGACCCCUCACAACACUCCGAUUACUACUACCAUAGAUCACAAUGGACACCGGAACGAUAGCCUGAAUGGUCCUCAUGCCUAUGCUAUCGGUCAGGGCCCCAGCAGCCUCUCGAGCGCCAGUCCCGCAUCGACUGGCAUUGAUUCAGGGUACGACAACGAAAACCCAAUGUCUGCUGCAGCUUUCUUUGCAAAUGCACAUCCACCCCAGGCCCAACAUUCACCAACGGUAAGUCGCUUGCAGCUUGAAAAUCGAGCUCUCGCAAACACUGCACUUCAACCCAUUCAGUCGAAUGCGAUUCGAAAACGUCGCCGAGAUACGAGCUACAUUUACGAAGGGAUCACAAAGCCAUACGAUCAUUCAAUAGCAUUCCACCGCCUCGCCCUCUCUGUCCAGAGACGGUAUCCCGCUGAGAAGGCAAGGAAGGUCCGAUACUAUCUCAGCAAGUUCAGACCGGUUCUUUUGAAAUCUGCCACAGAGCUGGAUACGCCCGACCUCAUACACCAAGAGAAGAACCUCCAACGUUCACUGCUCACACUCGAAGACAUGAUUGCGGAAACCGGCACUCCAGUCCUGGUGUGCCGGCGUUCUGGAGAAGUCGUUUUGUCUGGCAAGGAGUUUAGCAUUCUGACCGGUUGGAAGCGCGAUAUUCUUCUUGGUAAAGAGACAAACAUGAACGUUAACAUUCCCUCAACGCGCGACCCCUCAAGUGACAGUGGUCUCUCCUCUCGAACCAGCACCACGCCCAUGAUGACGGGCCAAGAGCCAGAUACCGGCCCACACCCUGUCUCAAUUGUCGAUCUCAUGGAUGAAGACUCCGUCGUUCAGUGGUUUGAAGAUUUCUCAGAGCUAGCCUACGAUAAUUCACGAGGAACUACGACUCGCCGAGUAAAGAUGCUCAAGUAUCGCACCAAAGAGGAUAUGGCUAAGCUUGAAGAGAUCAAGGCGAAUGCGGUUGCGAAUGGCAAGCCUAGCCAGCCUGAGCCACAAGUUAAAAUGGAGAACGCAAUCCAUGCUGAAGCUGGAAUUGGGAUGCUUGGGGCGAGGGAUGGUAUGGUGGAUUGCAUGAUUUGUUGGCAUAUUAAAAGGGACAAUUUUGAUAUGCCGAUGCUGGUGGUUAUGAAUAUUCUUCCUGUUCUCGCAUGAGACGUCAGGCCGCUAAACACCUCUAACGGCCACAGCCACUUUCUACCUCGGCCUAUGAAUCCCCUCGA